AUGUCACAUGCUGUAAUUGCCACAUUUCAAGCAGUUCGACUUAGAAAAGAGUCUAACCCAAGAGCACUUUCUCUUUUUGGAAAGGCUUUGAGGUCGUUACAAGAAUGUUUGAAUGACCCCAAGCAAUCAGCGACUUUCAAGUUGGAAUUAGUCAUUAUGGUGAUGUUAUGCCAGCUAUGGGUUGAUAACAAAGCAUCUAACAAGCACCGUGGGGUUAUUGCCCAUCUCCUCGAAGAAACAGUCACUCGAGGACAAAUCAUUGACUCAGACGACCUUCGUGGUUUUUGCCUGCAAGGGAUAAAAGUGCUUCCCGAAUUGAUCAACUCACACAGUGUUCAGGUAUAUGCGGCGCUCUCUGAUCCAAAUGUUGAACUUGGGCCAUGGUUCUGGGACGUUGCCUUUCAAGAUAUUACCAAAGCUAGACCAUAUCACUAUGAGCAAGGUCUUUACUGCUUUGAACUGUGCGCCAUAGGUGAUUUACCAGUCUUUCUUCGAGAUCCAGAAAGAUAUUUAUAUCAGUUGAAAUGCUACUGGAAUAUGCUUUCAACUGAACGACCAAUAAUGCGAGACCAAUACGAGAUGGCCAUACCGAUGGCUUUGGCUCCCAAUGCCAGUUUCGUUUCCAGAAUAAAAGCUAUAGAGUACGCCUCGGGGCAUGCAAUUCUUCUCAUCCAAACUGCACUCGUCGGGCCAACCAUCAAACCGUUCGGUGUUCUCCCUGACUAUGUCGAAGAGUCUCACCAAAUCUGCGACGAAGCAAUUAAACUGGCACAACAGUGUCAUGCCUUUCGGCCAUGUGGCGCGUCAUGGGCACCGGAGCUGUUGAAGAUGGUGUGGGCUGCUCUCGACGAUGAGUAUCGACACAAAGAGCUGGAGGAGCUAAUGGACAGAUAUGCGGAAGAUGUUCAAGGAUCAGAUUAUCUGGGAGAGGCAAAGAACAUGAGGAAGAGAUUUGAUCAAUUGGGCUGGAGCAAUGAUCUAAGGUUCCUGACUGCGGUGAAGGACGGACAAGAUGCUUCGCCACCAUCACGCCUUGAACCUCCAGUUGUUAAUACAAACAAGGAAGCAAUCCACCCCAUCCAAGAUCAUGUGCCUGCCUACUCUACUCUUGGCAAAAGCAUGCCCCCUCAAUUAAUUGAUGAGUUGGUCGUCACUCUGGAACUGUAG